AACGACACGUACACUCCCUCACCACCCCAAAAAAAAAAAAAGUUGAAGGCAGGAAGGCUCGCAAGGAAUUCCUAAAAUAAUCAACCCCAAAUAACAUAAAGAACCCAUGGCGUCUUCAGCGUCAGCGGUACUGUCCAAAAUCACUCCUUCUUUUCCGAAAAUCCCAUCAACCAAUUCGCCACAAUCCCUAACCAUAAAACAACGCACACUUCUCCCUGGAACGGGAAGGAGGAUCUUCCACAAAACUGCCAUCAAAGCGACGGCGCCCACUGGUUCCUCAUCUCCCGGACUCUACUCAGCGCAGCAAUUCGAGCUCAACCCUCAAAACGUGGACCUUGUUCUAGAAGAGGUUCGGCCUUACUUGAUUGCUGAUGGUGGAAACGUCGAUGUUGUGUCUGUUGAAGAUGGUGUCAUCUCUCUCAAACUCCAAGGAGCAUGCGGGGACUGUCCUAGCUCAACAACCACCAUGAAAAUGGGAAUUGAAAGAGUUCUAAAAGAAAAAUUUGGAGAUGCUAUUAAAGAUAUUCGCCAAGUAUCCGACGAAGAAUCGAAGGAGACAACUGUUGAGAGAGUAAAUGGUCAUUUGGAUAUACUAAGACCAGCUAUUACAAACUUUGGCGGAAGUGUGGAAGUGCUGUCUGUUGAGAAUGGGGAAUGCCGUGUUCAGUAUACAGGACCAGAGUCUAUUGCUUCAGGAAUCAAAGCAGCAAUUAAGGAGAAGUUCCCAGACAUUGUGGAUGUUGUUUUUGUUGCCUAGGUCAGGAAAGAUUUAUAUCAGAAAUUUAGUUUGCUGAUUAUCCAUAAAGAAAUAAAUGGGAGGCUGCUGCACUUUGAUUUUUUAA